AUGGAAGAAACAAUGUCUGAGAAUAGAAAAGAAAUCUCGAAAGUUAUUUACAAUGAUCGUUAUGGAUAUGCGAUUGCUUACUAUCCUCGAAUGAGAGAUCCAGGCUUGGAGAUUAUUGAACGAUCAAAGAAAAUUGUUCUUCCAAAGACACGAAAAAUUAAACCAGAACCAACAAGACAAUGGAAGCUCCGAGAAACUCCGAGUGAGUUUGUGGAGCGUAAAAAUCAAGAACGUGAAAUUGAAAUGCUUCACGAUACUUAUGAAAAAGCUAAAGAUUUGUUUAAGAAAGCAAGAGAUUACGACUACAAUCGACAUGAAAUGCUUUUCCCGAAAUACAAAAAUGUUGUUCAUGGUCGAACAGUUGACGAAACUAUUGAAAAAGUUAAUAAACUUUACGAGAAGAAUUUAAAGAAAUCUCGACCAGUAUAUGAAGAUGAAAAUGAGUCGAUAGACGAAGUGAAACCAGCUUCAGUCAUCACUGACAUCCACAGAAGUUGUGAACACAAAAUUACUAAAAGACGUGAAGAUGCCAUUGCAGAUGUCAAAAGUUAUUGCGAUUCAAUUGAGAAAAUUCAUAAACGUAUUCAGAUGCUUUCGAAAGCUUAUGAAGAAGAGGAAAAAUCCGAAAAUUGCGAUGAUGAUUGUUAG